AUUUCACCCGCAUAAUUUCGCGAAAUAGGAGAGGAACCUUUCCCUUACUAUUUCGGCGGCAAUUUAGUGGCGUACCCCGGCUCCUUAUCCUGUGUAUUUAUUCCGAUUUUUAUUUCUUUCCUAUUCUCCACCCUUGUAUAGGGAGAAUAAAAACAGUGGAAUAGUUAUUCGGCGCUUUUGCUUACUCGAACGUUUGUUUGAUCGUGUUUCUAUGGAUUCAAGAAACGGCUCGGAAACUUCUCAAGAAUCCGAUGUUAAGUCCUUCUUCCGCUCGGCUCCCCCUCUGCAAAAUGGCGAUCUCAUCUCCGCGAAUUUGAGGCAGUUCGUAGAUCGCAAUUCUCGGCGUUUAGAGAGUGGGGAUCCAAUUAAGGUUGUUUGCGUCACUUCCGGAGGCACUACGGUUCCGUUGGAGCAACGAUGCGUGAGAUACAUCGAUAAUUUUAGCUCGGGCUACCGAGGAGCUGCAUCCACAGAGUACUUCAUCAAGGCUGGGUAUUCUGUUAUCUUCCUCUACCGGCGUGGAAGCUGUCAACCUUAUUGUAGAUAUCUUCUGGAAGAUUCAUUUCUCGACUUUUUCGAGCUUAAUGAAGAAUCAAUGAUUCAAGUGCCCGAAUCGCAUGCUACGGUGGUAAAAACAGCAAUCAAAGAUUACCAUAAGGCGGUUGAAGAAGGCUUGUUGCUGAAAAUUUCAUUCACCACAAUCUUUGAAUAUCUUCAGAUAUUAAAAAUGGUGGCUACUUCAAUGAGUUGUUUUGGGCAACAUGGGAUGUUCUAUCUUUGCGCUGCAGUAUCGGAUUUCUAUGUUCCAUGGGAGAGUAUGGCGAAACAUAAGAUCCAAUCAGCAGGCGGACCUUUGGACAUGAGACUCAAUCAAGUGCCUAAAAUGCUUUCAGUGUUGAGAAAAGAAUGGGCUCCCUCAGCAUUUUGCAUCUCUUUUAAGCUGGAGACGGAUCCGGAUAUCCUUCUUCAGAAAGCAGACAUGGCUUUGAAGAAGUAUCAGAUGCAUGUCGUCGUGGCUAAUGAACUGGCAACAUACAAGGACGAGGUCAUCGUCGUCACCGCCGGUGGGAAGACUACGGUACGCAGGCACGGAAAAGAUCAAGAUCUUGAAGAGCAGCUUAUUGAUCUCCUCGUAAAGGAGCACAAGGAAUACAUCGGCUAACCCAAAAUGGCAUUAAAAUCAGCCUCAUGAGAUGACGAAAAUUUGAUGAUUUGAUGCAUAGCUUGAUGAUAUUAAAGGUAUCGGUUAAAACAAAGUAUAUAGAGCUAACUAAUGUAUCUUCGUUUUGAAAGGACAAUUCGGUUUGACCUCAUUAUUAUCUUUGUAUUGCUUAGUAUGGAAGCAGGAUGCGACAUUGUUUAUCGU